GUUCCUGAAAAGGAAGUCAAAAGUUCGUUCACUUCAGCUCCAACAUUAGAGAAAACACAAAUUGUGCAUAGAGAAGAAAAAUGUAGGCAAGAUGAACCUGAUGCCAUAACAGAUGUUUCAAAAUUAGACCAUUAUACGGUUCGAGAAGAUAUUUUAGAAGAAGUAAGAAAAGGUCGAUACAUUAUCGAAAUUGCCCCGUCUGAUCUAAUAGACUUUGGUGGACAGCGGUCAUAUGAUAUGACGCAUCAAUUAUUCAUUCAACAUCGAGGUUCGUUCAUCAUUAUGUUCAAUGGGAGAUAUGAACUGAAAACACCUCUAACGGAAUAUCCCCAAGGUGAUGUCACCUCGGAAUCAUUAAUCAUGCAUUGGAUCAAUUCAAUUCUAACAUACUGUCCAGAAGGGGAUGAUAUAAUGCCGAUGGUUCUCUUUGCAGCAACACACAGUGAUUGCUUCACUCCAGAAGAAGCUCAAAACAGGAAAAUGUAUUUUACGAAAGAAAUUACUGACCUGUUCCGAGAGCACGAACAAAGAAAACAUAUGUUCCUGGAUACAGUAUACUUCAUCAAUGGUACCAAUAAGCAUGACCCAGAGAUCAAGGCUUUGACUCAGCAACUGGUCAGAUUUGCAAUGCAACAGUCGACAUGGGGACAAAAAAGACCAAUGGCAUGGGUGCCAUUAGAAUUACAUAUAGAUAAUAUGAGAUCCCAGAAUAUCAAUGUCAUUACGAGAAAUCAACUCGAGUACAUUAAUAGGCUAAAUGAAGAUCUGGCUCUAACAGGAGGGCAACUAGAAGAUUUCCUUCGGAACCAAGAUGCAACUGGUAAAGUAAUGUACUACAAACAACCUGGCCUGGAAGGGUUCGUCAUCAUACAUACACCAGCACUGGUCAACAUUAUGAGGUCAUUCAUCACGGAUGAGAUGUUCUGGCCAGACAAUGCGGAGCUCAAAGAAAUUCUCCAGAAACUAGUUCUUACCGGAAAUAUAUACAAAAGUGAUCUAUGGAAACUUUGCGGGGACAAGACAACUUCAAUCAAUAUUUGCCGACCGAUGAACUUGCAGCUUUUGUGGCAAAGCUACUUAUACACCUAG